CUUCCAUUGAUCUUACGCUACCAGCUCUCACGGGUCAGGGUUCAUCAGCGCCUGGCAAUAUUCUGAUAAAGGGUUACGCGAGAUCGCAGAAAGGGUCUAUUCCCUCGACAUCUGGACGCGCAGCAUUAGCUUCAACAAGAGUCGGGAACUAGGAAUCAAGGGUCUCGCUCAAGAUGGCGGCGACACCGCUUGUCAAUGGGGUUGCGGCUGCUGUAUUCCCAGCGCACGAUGCCACUGCUAACUUUUCAUUUCCUCAAGAAGAGGAAAAAGUCAUGGAAUACUGGCGGGCGAUUGAUGCAUUCAAGACCUCUCUCAAGCAGAGCGAAGGGAAGAAGCCAUUUAGCUUUUACGAUGGCCCGCCAUUCGCUACCGGUUUGCCUCAUUAUGGCCAUCUGCUCGCUGGUACCGUUAAGGACAUUAUCACAAGGCACGCUCACUCGACCGGCCACCACGUCGACAGACGCUUCGGCUGGGACUGCCAUGGGUUACCAGUCGAGCACGAGAUCGACAAAAAACUUGGUAUCACAGGCAAGGAAGAUGUCAUGAAGAUGGGCAUUGCCGCGUACAAUGCCGAAUGCAGGUCUAUUGUCAUGCGCUAUCAAAACGAAUGGAAACAGACAGUAGAGCGGAUGGGGAGAUGGAUAGACUUUGACGCUGGGUACAAGACGAUGAAUCUGAGCUUCAUGGAGACGGUUUGGUGGGUCUUCUCCCAGCUGCACUUAAAGGGACUCAUCUACCGGGGCAACAGGGUCAUGCCGUACUCGAAUGGCUGCACCACACCGCUGUCCAACUUCGAAGCCAACCUCGACUACCGCGAUGUGCAAGAUCCUGCCAUUACGAUCAGCUUCCCGCUCAUCGAUGAACCGGGCACUGCACUGCUCGCAUGGACAACAACACCGUGGACGCUACCCUCAAACUUGGCUGUUUGCGUGCAUCCCGACUUUGACUACAUCAAAAUCUUUGACGAGGAGCGGCAGACGAAUUUCAUCAUCCUCGAAAAACUCCUCUCUACACUUUACAAGGACCCAAAGAAGGCAAAGUUCAAGAAGCUGCAAACCUUUAAAGGAAAAGAAAUGGAAGGAUGGAAGAUCGAACCCAUCUUCGACUUUUUCACUCAGAAGUAUCCAAAAGCGUUCCGCGUUCUGUGUGACACGUACGUCACCGCAGAUGCCGGCACCGGGAUUGUCCAGCAAGCGCCUGCUUUUGGUGAUGAUGAUCACCGCAUUGCCGUUGCGAACGGUGUCAUCGCAAAUGAUGAAGCGCCGCCCUGCCCGAUCGAUGAGAAGGGCUGCUUCACUGCUGAGGUUCCAGACUAUCAGGGACAAAACGUCAAAGAUGCCGACAAGCAGAUUCAGAAGGACCUAAAAGCGAAAGGCAGACUCAUCGUCCAAUCUGUACUCACGCAUAGCUAUCCCUACUGCUGGCGUAGCGGCACACCCUUGAUCUAUAAGGUCAUCCCCUCCUGGUUCGUGCGUGUCGAGCCAGCGGCCGAAAAGCUGAUGCAGAACAACGAGAACACGUACUGGGUUCCAGGCAGCGUAAGCGAGAACAAAUUUGGCAACUGGCUUGCGAACGCAAGGGACUGGAACAUCUCGCGAAAUCGCUACUGGGGAACACCGCUUCCGUUGUGGGUCUCAGACGACUACGAGGAGAUAGUGUGCAUCGGUUCAGUCGCCGAGCUCGAGAAGCUGUCGGGCGUGACUGGCAUCACAGACUUGCACCGAGACAACAUCGACCACAUCACCAUCCCGUCACAAAAGGGCAAGGGGCAGCUGAAGCGCAUCGAAGAGGUAUUCGACUGCUGGUUCGAGUCGGGCACCAUGCCGUAUGGGCAAGCUCACUAUCCCUUUGAGAACCAGGACAAGUUCAAAAACUCGUUCCCUGCCGACUUUAUCUCCGAGGGUAUCGACCAGACUCGAGGAUGGUUCUACACCAUGCUCAUCCUCGGCACGCAUCUCUUCGGUACAGCGCCCUGGAAGAAUGUCAUCGUCACCGGUCUCAUCCAAGCAGAAGAUGGAAAGAAGAUGAGCAAGAGCAAAAAGAACUACCCAGACCCGACCGGGCUUAUCAACAAGUUUGGUGCCGAUGCGAUCCGACUUUACCUUGUCAGCUCCCCAGCUGUACGCGCGGAGAACCUUCGCUUCCGCGAGGAUGGCGUGCGCGAAGUCAUCACCUCUGCUUUCUUGCCUUGGCUCAACUCCUUCCGCUUCUUCAUCGGCCAAGUCCAACUACUCAAGAAGGACACAUGCAAAGACUUUGUCUACGAAGUACAUGCGCCCAAGUCGACCAACCUGUUCGAUCGAUGGAUCCUCGCCCGAUGCCAGUCGCUAAUUAAGAUGGUCCAGGAGGAGCUUUCCGCGUACCGACUAUACACUGUCAUUUCGCGAUUGCUACUCACCAUUGAUGAGCUCACAAACUGGUACAUCCGCUUCAACCGCGAUCGCUUGAAAGGCGCGAACGGCGUUGAGGACACCAUCACAGCUCUCAACACCCUGUUCGAGACACUUUUCACUCUCACGCGGACCAUGCAGUCGUUCACUCCUUUCCUGUGCGAGAAUAUCUACCAAGGUCUUCGAACUUAUAUGCCCCCAAAUCCGAACAGCGACCAAGACGAGCGCUCCAUUCACUUCUUGUCUUUUCCCGAGAUCAAAGAAGAGUAUCUCGACCCGGUCCUUCAGCGGCAAUUCAGCGCGUUCCAGGCCAUCGUCGAGAUCGGACGAAAGAUUCGAACCCGGAGCAAACUCCCUGUGCGCGUUCCGCUGCAGGAGAUGCGUGUCUACCACAGUGACCAGCAAUUCCUUGAUGACGUCGAUGCGCUCUCAAGUUACCUCAAAAGUGAAAUGAACGUGCAAGCCCUCGUGCUAACUCGCGAGGAAGCCAAGUGCGGCGUGCAUUACGUCCUCACAGCCGACUGGCCGACUCUGGGGAAGAAGCUGCGUAAGGACAUUGGCAAGGUCAAGAAUGGGCUGAAGGAUGUGACAUCAGAACAAGGCAAGGCGUUUGCUGAGAGCGGCAAGAUCAACGUCGCUGGCGUGGAGCUUAUCGAGGGUGACCUAAAGGUGCAAAAGCAGGUGGACCUUGCCAAGGUGGAAGGGGACUUUGACGCCGACACGGAUGGCAAUGUCGUCGUCCUGCUGGACAAGCAGGUUCGCGAGGAGCUGCAGUCACAGGGCAACGCGCGCGAGCUCAUCAACCGCAUCCAGCGCCUUCGGAAAAAGGUUGGUUUGCAGCAAACGGAUGAUGUCGACGCCUUCUACAGCUUCAACGAUGGCGUUGGCCAGGCACUGCAGGAGUGCUUUGCGAAAGAAGUUGAGUUCUUCUCCAAAAACAUGCGUAGGGCGCCAAAGCCUGUCAAGGAGCGAGCACCUGGUGUGGACGUGUUGGUGGAAGAAGAGCAGGAGAUCGGCGACGACAAGUUCCACCUUUCUCUUGUAAAGCUCAACACAGUAUAAAGGGGGAGGGGUUCAGGAUGUCCUUCAACUGUCGACAAAGAAAUGCAUGCUAUUGUUUAUGAC